AUGUCCGGUUUGCUUCUGGCCUUCUUCGCUGCGUAUUUGGAAGCAUCCAUUGUAUCAACGGCACUCGAGACUAUCGCAGCCGCUCUGCAUGCCGAUGAAGUGGUCUGGCUCGGGACGGCCUAUUCGAUAGCCUUCACUGUACUGUUGCCUCUCACUGGUGGUCUUCUCGAUGCGCUUGGUCGUAAACCGAUCAUGUUUGGAGGGCUUGUCAUCUUCACAGUAGGCUCUGCACUUGGUGGCACAGCUCAGACAAUGCCGUGGCUGGUGGGCGCUCGAUCCCUCAGCGGCCUCGGUGCCGGUGUAAUGGGAACAGCGGGUAUGGUGGUCGUAGCCGAUCUGAUACCGCUCAGCAAGCGCGGUUUCUUCGUAGCUGUCGUUGGAGUCGUUAUGUGCCUCGGUAUCGGGUUUGGGCCCCUCAUAGGAGGCGCACUGUCCGACGCUGGUCAAUGGCGAUGGUGCUUCUUCAUCGUCGCACCAAUCUGUGGCUCCGCGGCACUCAUUGUACUACUAUUCUUCAAUUUACCCCUACCGAGCGGAAACACGCUGAAGAGAAUUGGUGAUGUUGACUGGAUUGGCACUGUUCUCAUCGCGGGAGGCUCGACUACGGUCAUUAUCGGCAUCACAUCGGGCGGCAUACAGGCUCCCUGGUCCUCUGGCGAAGUCGUCACGCCUCUGGUAGUGGGCGCAGCGGCUAUGGCUGCCUUCUUCAUGUAUGACCUCAUCAUGGCAAAGAACCCACUCGUGCCGAAGGUUGUGCUCUCGAACCGUACGAGCCUUAGCGGCUACGUUCAGACAUUCGUGCUAUCGAUACCCUAUAAUGCCAUCUUGUACUACUUGCCUGUUUACUACCAAGCCGUCCAGAACGCGUCACCAACAAAGUCUGGCGUCGACAUUCUCUCGAUCACAUUCACAGUCCCACCCAUGACGAUCCUCUCCGGCAUCUAUAUCUCGCGCUUCAAGUCAUACCGCCUCCCAAUCUGGCUCGGCUGGAUACUGCUCACAAUCGGCACCGGUCUGCUCUCCUCUUUACACACCGACUCUAGCCGCGGCGCGAGCAUUGGCUACCCGGCCAUCAUCGGCAUCGGCAUCGGGCUGAUCUUUAGUUCGUUGCAAUUUCCUAUACUCGCGCCCUUGAGCGUAGAGCUGAACGCGAGGGCGCUGUCCCUUCAAAUAUUUCUCCGCGCGUUUUCCCAAACGUGGGGUAUUGCCAUCGGUGGAGCGAUCCUGCAAUCUCAACUUGUCCGACGCCUUCCCGCGAGCGUGAUCCCGACAGACGCCAGCAGGUCCCAGAUCGCGUUCGCACUCAUCCCGUCUAUCUCGAGUUUGCCACAGUCAGAGCGCGACGCCGUGCGCGUCGCGUUCGCAGAUAGCCUAUCUAUACUGUGGUGGGUCCUGUUCGGGAUCACAUGCGUUGGGCUCGUCUCGAGCCUUGCGAUGGGAGACCAUAAAAUGGCGGAUAAAGUGGACAAGAAGUGGCAAACAAAGGAGAGAGGAGACGCUCAUGAGGCCGCAAGGGAGGAAUCGGCUCCGCCGGGCAGCGAGAAGCAGAUUUCGGACGACUGGGUGACCGUCCCAACGCCAGAAGAUAAGCCCAAGAACUAG